GGCUGGCGGAGGGCGGGGCCGCGGCGCUCCCCGCGAACAUGGCCGGGCGGCUGCGGGGGGCGCGGCCGCUGCCCGGCGGCCCCUAAACCCCCUUCCCCGCGCCUCCACUUCUCCCCCCCACCCCCGGGCCGUGUGGUAGGGAGAGGGGGCCGGGGAGAGCCUCCCCCGCCGCCGUGAGCCGCGGCCAUGGACGAGCAGAGCGUGGAGAGCAUUGCUGAAGUAUUCCGAUGUUUUAUUUGUAUGGAGAAAUUGCGUGAUGCACGUCUGUGUCCUCAUUGCUCCAAGCUGUGCUGUUUCAGUUGUAUUCGGCGUUGGCUGACUGAACAAAGAGCUCAGUGCCCUCAUUGUAGAGCCCCACUGCAGCUACGAGAGCUCGUAAACUGUCGUUGGGCAGAAGAGGUCACGCAGCAGCUUGAUACACUUCAACUGUGCAAUCUCACAAAGCAUGAAGAAAAUGAAAAAGACAAGUGUGAAAAUCAUCAUGAAAAGCUUAGUGUUUUCUGCUGGACCUGUAAGAAGUGUAUCUGCCACCAGUGCGCGCUUUGGGGAGGGAUGCAUGGAGGACAUACUUUUAAGCCACUGGCAGAAAUCUAUGAGCAACAUGUCACAAAAGUAAACGAAGAAGUGGCAAAGCUGAGGCGAAGACUCAUGGAAUUGAUCAGUUUGGUGCAAGAAGUGGAGAGGAAUGUGGAGGCAGUGCGUAGUGCGAAGGAUGAGCGAGUUCGGGAAAUCAGGAAUGCAGUGGAGAUGAUGAUUGCCCGGUUAGACACUCAGCUGAAGAAUAAGCUUAUAACGUUAAUGGGUCAAAAGACAUCACUUACUCAAGAAACUGAGCUUCUGGAAUCCUUGCUUCAAGAAGUAGAACAUCAGUUAAGAUCAUGCAGUAAGAGUGAGUUGAUAUCCAAAAGUUCAGAGAUCCUGAUGAUGUUCCAGCAGGUUCAUCGGAAGCCUAUGGCCUCGUUUGUCACUACUCCUGUCCCCCCAGACUUCACAAGUGAAUUGGUUCCAGCCUAUGACUCAACUACGUUUGUCUUGGAAAACUUCAGUACAUUGCGUCAGCGAGCAGAUCCUGUUUACAGUCCACCUCUUCAAGUGUCAGGACUUUGCUGGAGAUUAAAAGUUUAUCCAGAUGGAAAUGGAGUGGUACGGGGCUACUACCUGUCUGUGUUCUUGGAGCUGUCCGCUGGGUUGCCAGAGACAUCCAAGUAUGAGUACCGUGUAGAAAUGGUUCACCAGUCCACCAACGAUCCCACGAAAAACAUAAUUCGAGAGUUUGCCUCCGAUUUUGAAGUUGGAGAAUGCUGGGGUUACAACAGAUUCUUUCGUUUAGACUUGCUAGCCAACGAGGGCUACUUAAACAGGCAGAAUGACACUGUGAUCCUCAGGUUCCAGGUGCGCUCGCCAACCUUCUUCCAAAAGUGCCGAGACCAGCACUGGUACAUUGCUCAAUUGGAAGCAGCUCAGACAAGUUACAUCCAACAAAUAAAUAACCUGAAAGAAAGGCUUGCGAUUGAACUUUCACGGACUCAGAAAUCACGAGGCAUUUCACCUCCAGACACUCAUCUUAGUCCCCAGAAUGACGAUGGUCCAGAAACAAGAUCAAAGAAAUCUGGACAAAGCACUGAAGUACUACUUGAGAGUGUUGCUACUCCAGGAUUAGUGCGAGAUAGCAAGGAAGAGGAGGAAGAGAAGAUCCAGCAUGAAGACUUCAAUCAUGAGCUCUCUGAUGGUGACUUGGAUAUAGAUCUUGCUGGAGAAGAUGAGGUGAACCACCUUGAUGGUAGCAGCUCUUCAGCUAGUUCGACAGCAACUAGUAACACUGAAGAAAAUGAUAUUGAUGAAGAAACUAUGUCUGGAGAAAAUGAUGUGGAAUAUAGCAGUAAUAUGGAGCUGGAGGAAGGAGAUCUGAUGGAGGAUGCAGCAGCUGCUGCUACUCCUGGAGCAUCAGGCACUAGCCAUGGCUACACCAGUGCAAGUGGAAGACCUUCAAGGCGAGGAGGAAGUGCCCUAGGCUCAACAUCUAGUAGCAGUUUGCUAGAUAUAGAUCCUUUAAUUUUAAUCCACUUGUUGGAUCUAAAAGACAGAAAUGGUAUGGAAAACCUUUGGGGCCUGCAGCCACGUCCACCUGCCUCCCUUCUGCAGAACAGAGCAUCAUCCUAUUCUCUAAAAGAUCGAGAUCAGCGGAGACACCAGGCAAUGUGGCGCGUGCCACCUGACUUGAAGAUGCUGAAAAGACUUAAAACACAGAUGGCUGAAGUCCGAAGCAAAAUGUCUGAUGUCAAAAACCAGCUGUCAGAAGUGAGGAGCAGCAAUGCUGGCUCAUGCGAUGGACAGCCCAGCUUCUUCUCCAUUGAGCAAGGCACUCUGGCUGCCUGUGGAACUGACAGCUGCAGCAAGCUGCAAGAAAUAGGAAUGGAACUACUGACAAAAUCUUCAGUUACCAGUUGUUACAUAAGGAAUUCUUCAAGUAAGAAAAGUAACUCACCCAAACCUCUUCGCUCUGGAGCAGCAGGCAGUCUGUCUUUACGAAGAGCUAUGGACCUUGGGGACAGCGGUCUGCGUUUAAAGGGAGACAGUCAGACUGCUGAAGGUGGCAUAGGGAGCUCAAAGCUGAGCAGUCGGCAUCACUCUGCCAGGCCCCUGGCUAACAGCAGUGCUUCCGAGGCACUGCCGAAGCCAGAGGAAAGACCUUGUGAAACUUCAGAUUCCGAUGCGGGAGUUUCUGGCUUAAAUGGCUUAGCUGCUGUAGAGAAGACCAGAAAAGUCAGUGCUCUAGGAUCAAAUUCAAAAGGAUGUCGUACAGAAGGAGCACAGUCAGGUGGUCUGGAAAACAGCUCUGAAACGGGUGACGUGCAGGGUAUGCUUUCAGAAGGUGCUUCUGCGGGGCCGGAGGAAGUCUUCUGCCUUCAGGGACAAGCCACAUUGAUAACUACCUCCACAUCUGCACUAGAAUCUCUCCAACACUUCAUUCCUGUUGGGUAUUUUGGCAUGAGCAGUGACAGUGACAUUGAAUGUGACACAGAGAAUGAAGAGCAGGAGGAUGCCACCUCUGCCUCGGAGGGGUUUAACCACGCCUUCUCUGCCCAGUCCUCGGGCGAAGGUAGAAUUGAUGCCUCGGAGCGGUGCUCUGCAUUCCCGGAGGGUGAUCAAGGCAGCGCUGACGAUCUCAGCUUUGUGGCUGGAGAAGACGGCACCAGAUAGAGAAUGGGCCUGAAGACCUGCUGGCUUGUGUCCCUGGGAAAAGCUGCGUUUACCCUCUGGAGCUUAGUCUGAGGCUGUUGUUUCUGGCUGUGUGCGCGCUCCAUGCCGUCAGUGACCCUUGUGUGGUUCUACAGUUGUCUUAAACCUGUGAGUGGGGCAAAGUGACCUCUGAAGGCCCUUACACUAAAGGUUGCGUUCCCACUGGCUCUGCCGGCUUCACAUGCUCUGAAGAAACUGCCUGAGAGGUGCUGGAGCCCUGUUUCAGAAUGUGUCCCCUGUUCUGGUGGUGGAAUAACCACAGGUGCGUCAAUGUCCUCAUUUUACUUGGUGUGAGCCGGUUGUGUCAGACUGCCGAAUCCUGUGGAUGUGGCCGGGAGGGUGUUGGGGUAGAACCACUGGCACGGCAGUUGUUUUCCCCAGCCCAUGACGUGGACCAACUACCCCCAUUGCCAAACUCUUUGCCACUGUGCAUUGCAUUUUGAGCUGCUAAACUCCUUGUGAAGCUCUGCUGAGAGCCGAGUACCUGGUUAGUGACAAAGCAUGAGUAGCUGUAACCGCUGGCUGUCCUCGUCUUGGCUGGCCCUACCACCCUUGUUUCUGUGUGACUGUCCCAGUGUAAGUGCUGUACAACUCCUAGUUUAAAACUGUUUGCACUUUGUUAAUAAAAUUAAUGUUGAAAUCUGA